AUGGGAUUGGCAGGAAAUAAAGCAAAACAACAAAUUGGGGCUGAUCCAAGAAAUUCCAGAUGGGCAAAGAAUAAGGAUCGUAAAGGGUUCAAAUUGCUAGCUUCCUACGGUUGGCAGGACGGAAAUGGCCUUGGCCAACAACAGCAUGGCCGAAUUCACAACAUCAAAGUGUCCUUGAAAGAUGAUACACUUGGUAUUGGAGCUAAACCUUCCAACGACACCGAGUGGAGUGGGUUAGGUGAAUUUAAUGCUAUUUUUGGAAGAUUGAAUGGUGAUGAAAACGCCUACGGAAUGUCAGCUGAAAAAGCAAGGCACCGGAAGCAAUUGGAUCAGCGUCAAGACGCUGAGGCUAAAAAUCUUCGAUCUCUUGAACUGGCACGUCGUUUUGUUUUGGGUGGAACAUUUACAAGCGAGUUUACAGAUUGGAUGAAGAAAGCCGCCGAAGAUGAAAACAGAAUUGCUGAAGCAAGCUCUGACGAUGAAAAUUCAGGCUCUUCCGAGAAGGAAAGCAAGAAAAAGAAGAAAGAAAAGAAGUCUAAACACUCGUCUUCGUCCUCAAAUAAGAAAGAAGAGAAAACCAAGCAUUUGAAGAAGGACAAGAAGGAUUCCAAGGACAAAAAGAAAGAAAAGAAGGAUUCCUCAAAGAAGAAAUCUUCGACAAAGUCUGACAAGAAAGAAAAAGAGGAAAAGAAACUUAAGCGUAAGAGGAAACAUGCUUCCUCUUCUGCCUCCUCGGACUCAGAGGACGAAGAUGCGGAUACCAAGAGUUCUUCUCGCAAGAAGCCCACAAAUGUGCAUUUUCACACUCGAAGAAAGUUUCUUGCACAGAAGCGUGCUGCAGUCAGUGAUCCUACAGCAUUACGUGAAAUUUUGGGAAUUAAGGGUUAA